AUGGUGACUCUGCCUACAAAUGCUUUCGUACUACCAUUACUCCAAAAGAACAAUAUUUUGUGUUCACUGUCAAAAUUACAGAUUAUUCAUAGACAGAAAGCUUCGGCAUCGAUUUCUGUGGCAGAGCAAACCUUCUCUAAUGAAGGUCAUCAAAAUGUCAAACCUUUCAGUGAAAUGCCUUGUGUGAAAUAUUAUCCUAUUAUUGGAAGUACGUGGGUGUAUUUCCCCUUAAUAGGAAAAUAUGACAUUACGCGAUUUCACGUAUCCAACUUCAUGAAGUUCCAGGAAUAUGGGAAAAUUGUUAGAGAAAAUGUGGCAGGACGUUUUACAACAGUGCUGCUGUUCGAUCCAAAAGACAUUGAAAUAAUGUUCCGCCAUGAGGGUAAAUAUCCCGUGCGAAUAGGGUUCGAAAGUCUUGCUGCUUAUCGGACAAUGAGAGAAAAAUACUAUCGUAGUGGUGGGCUUCUUGUAAUCCAAGGCAAAGAAUGGUAUGAUCUCAGAACCAAAGUCCAAACGCAACUGCUUCGUCCAAAAUCUAUACAGUCUUAUCUUAGCCAAAUGGAUCAAGUAGCUAAUGACAUGAUAACAAGAAUGAUUCAUUUGAUGGAUAACACAGGAGAAGUUCCAGAUUUUCUAAAUGAACUUUACAAGUGGGCGUUGGAAUCUGUGGCUCUUGUUGCUCUUGACGCCAGACUAGGCUGUGUAGAUUUAAAACAAGCUCCGAAUUCUCAAAGCCAGAGGUUGAUUGUAGCAGUAAAUGACAUUGUAAAGGGAAUAAAUGAUCUUGAAUUUAUGCCUUUAGCUUUGUGGAAAUUCUUUCCUACUCGUAGCUGGAAGCGGUUUGUAAAUGCCCAGGAUGUAUUUACAGAGACUGCUAUGGAUUACUUGAACAAAGCUUUGGAACGAAUCAAAGUAUCAGCUCAAGAAGACAGAGAAAUGACAUUCCUAGAAACCAUGUUAUCCAAGAAGCAGAUGGAUUCUCGUGACGUUAUUACAAUGAUUUUGGACAUGUUGAUGGCUGGAAUUGACACG